AUGAAUAUUUUUCUACUAUCGGAGACAAAAAUUGCAAAUUCCGUUGAUUCUGGAAAUACUCACUUUAGUUCAUACAUAAGUAAAUCAUCCACGACUUUUGAGUUUGAUACUGUAUCUGUUGAUAAAGUUUUACAUUCAUUUCAUGCUUUAUCCUCCUCUAAGGCAAUCGGAGUUGAUAAAAUUCCAAUAAAAGUAUUGAAACUUUCUAUAGCCAUUAUAGUGCCAUCUAUGACUAAAUUAUUUAAUUAUGUAAUUCAGAAUGGGGUCUUUCCUCGCGAUUGGAAGGUAGCCAAGGUUAUACCUCUUCAUAAGAAAGGUCCCAAAAAUUUGUUGGAUAAUUAUCGCCCAAUCUCUAUCCUUCCAGCUAUCAGCAAGGCCUUUGAAAGUAUACUUUAUGAGCAACUACAUGGCUAUUUAUCCAAUGCUAGCAUACUUUCGAAAUGUCAAUUCGGUUUCAGGCGAUAUUACUCUACAACUACGGCUCUUCUUGAUAGCACUAAUCAAUGGAAUUCAAAUAUGGAUAAAGGUUUGCUUAAUAUUGUUGCUUUUUUAGAUCUUAAAAAAGCUUUUGAUACCAUUGAUCAUGAAAUCUUGAUUGAAAAGCUAAAUAUGUAUGGGAUAAAACGGCAUUCAUUGGGGUUACAGUGGGACCCCGUUAAUACGGUCACCAACGGGCCGAAAUAAUAUGGCCGUAUUAACGGGGUGGUCGUAUUAACGGGGUGAGAUCAAAUUUCAAUUGUGACGUCAUUAAAGCUAUGUUUAUUCGAAAAUCACAAUAACACCAUACCCCACCAUAAUACCAAUUAAUAACUAAACAUUAUAAAGUUCAGAUAAAGUUUUCACUAAUUUUAAGGAAACAAUGUUAGGGAAUACAACGUCGCCAAAGAACCUUGCAUUCUUUCUUUUCCUUUGCGCGACUGAUAAUAAAAAUAAAAAAAUAGUAAUAUGAUGCAAGUUGAAUUGUGUGUUUCACUGCACAAGGUGUCUUAAAUUAUACUGUAUUUCCGUCCGUAAACACAUUUAUUUUUUUGAGUGACCAUAUUAACGGGGUGAUUUCUUUAGUUCGGGACUCUACAAUAUGGCUGUUGGCCGUAUUAACAGGGUGGCCGUAUUAACCGGGUAACUUUAUUAUAAAAUGUAUUAGUGUUUCGCCGGGACAAAAAAAAGUGACCGUAUUAUCGAAGUGACCGUAUUAACGGGGUGGCCGUAAGGAGGGGUUCCACUGUACUUGAAUCAUACAUAACAAAUCGGUUACAAAAAUGCUUUAUAAAUGGUACAUUAUCUCAUUCUAAACCGAUUAAGUGUGGAAUUCCUCAGGGAUCGAUUUUGGGGCCACUAUUCUUUUUAGUGUAUAUUAACGAUCUGCCUAAUUGUUUAAAAUACUGUACACCAAGGAUGUUUGCAGAUGAUACGACGCUCACUGUGUGUGGCAAAUCCACACAUGAAAUUUUGUCUGCUUUGAAUCAUGAUUUAAAUAAUGUUAACGAUUGGCUAAUGGCUAAUAAGCUUUGUUUGAACCUUAGCAAAACGGAAUAUAUGCUAAUAGGAUCCAGACACAGCAUCAAUAAUCUUGUUGACAAUCCUUGUAUUUCUGUUGAUGGUAAACUUUUGAACCGAGUGAUAGUGAAUUCUAGGAAUUCAUAUUGACCAAUUUCUCUCUUGGGAUUUUUAUAUUGAGAAAUUGACAAAGAAAAUUUCCAGUGGCAUUGGAGCGAUUUCUAGGCUAAAACCGUUUGUAUGCAGAAAUACUCUUAUUUCUGUCUACAACACUUUAGUUCAAACAUAUUUUGAUUAUUGUUGUGAGGUGUGGGAUCCGAUUGGCAGUGUUUUAUCUGAUAAAUUGCAGACUCUUCAAAAUCGGGCAGCAAGAAUAAUUAUGGGUUACCCAAAUGCGCACGGUUGCUCAGAAGCUGCUUUGACUGCGCUCGGGUGGAAAACACUUAAGGAACGUCAAUUUGAAUCUAAAGCCAGACUCAUGUAUAAGAUUAUUCAUGGUUUUGCACCUACUGCGCUUACUGAAAUAUUUUCUAGUGCUUCAGUAGUUGUCAGAUCUCAUGACUACAAUUUACGUAAUUCUGACAUGAAGCUCAAUCUUCCUUUUCCUAAAACGGAAUAUUUAAAAAAGAGUAUAAGUUUCAAUGGUGUUAAAUUGUGAAACGAUUUACCUAUUGAAGUUAGAAACGCGGAAAGCUUAGGAAUUUUUAACUCGCUUUUAUGUGCAACUAGCCUGUCACAAUCUACUAGUUUGUAAAUAUUUAACUUUGUAUAUACGUGUCUUGUUGUUUAUUAUGUGUUUUAAAUUUUUUCACCACGCCCCCCUUGGAAAUCAAUUUGUAUUGAAGGGGUUAGCGUGUUUAAAUAAAGUUUUACCUACCUUACCUACCUCUGUUAGGUCCUUUAGCAAUUUCGUUGCACACAGAUAAUUUUCGUGUACUGUGUUAUACAAUGUUUGCGCAUGCGUGUGUUAGGAAAUAGCUAACAUCCGGCUGCAAAAUCGCGUAUAUUUAAAAUCAGAUUUAAAGACUUGUAAUGCCAUAUUUUAGUCACAAUUCAUUGAAUUCCAUGCACGGUAACGGUAUUUGGACUCUAUUUAAAGAAAACUGACAACUGAGCCAUCUUGUUAGCAUAACUAAGCACAUAUAUGUGACAAUGAGAUCAAUAUAGAAACGAAUCCCCCACGAAUCUCACCAAAUUUUCAUGGGCUCACCCGCCAUAAAAGCCUUAAUAGCAGACAAUGUCAAACAAAUUCACCAUAGGCAUUUAAAGUCCAACAUAUUUUACAAGAUAGCACAAUUUUACAAGUUUUCGUAACUGACUAAGAUACGAAUGAUUUUCUAGCAACGAUGCUCACUUGGUGUCCUAAAAUAGCCAAUGAGAUAUAGAUUUAUUUACAGUUUUGUAGUGAGCUUCGUUCAAAAACGAACUUAAAAAGGGAUAUCUGCAAAGUUAACUGAUUGUAAUUAAGAAAAAUGGUUUCUUGUUCCCAUAUGGAUGUAAAAUGUAAGAUAAGUAAAAUUUAUAGUAACGUGAAUCAGCGUUUUAAACCAAAGAUUGUAUAUGAAAGUUGCGUGCCAUAUAUGGCAUGCAACAAAAAUGAAAAAAGUUUUAAAUUUGUUAUGUGAAAUGAUUUUCCAGACUUUCUUACAUGUAUUUUUUAUAUUUUUGCCUUCUUCACUCCCGGCAAACGGCUGUUUGAUAUCAGUGAGAUGACCACCCACCGAUACACGCACAGUGACCCACGCCCGCGAUCAUUGAUGAACUUUAGACUUCGCUAAUGUUUUCUUUUCCCCGGGUGUAAAUAGCCGAGCGGAAUUAGUACCCUCGCCCCGGGCUCUGCGCCGUUGGCUCGGGGAAAAUUGCAUUUUUCAAAAUUAAAACAAAUAUCGCGUUCCUGCCAAAAAUCGCGCGGGAAUGUUUUGUGCUUGCCAGGCUAGCCCGUCUCAUGUGAAACAAAUAGCAACUUGGCCCGGGAAAGCGAGCUAUCCCAGUUUAACGAGCCAGCCCGGCUCAUAAGACUCACAGUUCUUUAAAUAGAAAUUAUACAAAUUAUUUAAUGUGAAUGUUACAAUUCUCUACAUUGCACUUUUAUCGUAGACUUGCCACAAGUCGACUUUGAGAAGUCGACUUGUUCCGCCUGCAGAAAAUCGAAUUUAAUUAAAUUAGGUUUCUCAGAAAUGGCGCGAAAUGUUAAUGACAUAGUUAUGUAAUAAAUAAAAAUAACAUUUAAUACAUUGACUGUGGCAUGCUAAACUAUUUGAUGGCCGAAUUGACUCCAACAAAAUCUAUCAGUCGUCCAUCUGUUUCGCCAAAAUGUAAGGAAUCGAUAUGCUUUAUUUGCUUGGAAAAUGUAAAUAAUCCAGAUUAUCGUAGAAAGUUUUUAAAGUCGGAAAAAACACAUGCGUGCAUAAAUUUGCAAGUUAUUAUCGGCGCUCAAAUCACUGAGGAAAGUUGCAUCACCGAGAUUAUUGUUUUGUAGAAACUGUGACAGACGAAACAGUAAUCUGGUUAAGAUAUUGGAAUUAAAGGACCUAUUCUAUUCUUCUAAAUCGAAAUUGGCUUCCCAACGAGGUUGUAUCAUUUCAAUCAAAAGACAAAGCAAGGAAAACACCGAUCCCGAAGGUCGAAGCUGCACAAAGCGUGUAGCCGUAGCAAAAGGUCUCUUUGGUGAACAACCAAUUCCGUCGACUCUAAGCACGGAAAAAUAUACACAAACCUCGCAUUGGCCAAACGAUGGUGAUAUUUCUGCAGUGCAUGUGAGUAUUAUCCACGUGUAUUUAACUUGACAACAUAUGACUGAUAUGAGUUUCACUUUCACUACUAUAUAAACCUUAUAUAUAAAUGAUUGGGUGUAUCAUGACUUGUUUACCGACAGAUUCUGACGAUACUAUGCUCUUUAUUGUUUAUAUUAUAAAUAUACAAAACAUCACAAUAACGAAUCAAAGCUUGCUCAUGUUAUUUUGGAAGCUUUUGUCUGCCAAUGAAGCCUGAACAAUACAAGGCCAAGAUUACUGCAAGGCUUCCAGAAAAUGCAGGAAAGGCUGCAUUUGUAGAAAUAGUAGAUGUUCAUUUAGAAAGUAACAUUUUCUAGGGGAUAAUGCUCAUAACUGUCCGUCACAUUUGAAUAAAAGGGACCAGUCUUUAAUAAUGAGAGGGGGGUGGUGGGUGAGAAAAGGGGGGUGCUCUGAAUUAUUUCUAGCCUGAAUGGCUGUUAUUAUAAUUAUUAUUAUUAAUGGAGGCAUCCUCAGAAUCAAAAUAUGCCAAGAAAGUUAUAAGACCAAAUAAAAUAAUGACAGGAUCACAGAAUAUUAUUUAUUUGAUAAGGAUUAUGUAGUUCAAGAUUCAAUUUAAUUUAGGGUGGCAUCCUUAAAAUAAAUUUCAUGCAGUUGUGGGUGGUCUCAAAAGCUGUCGAAGUGAGCUGUGAUGUUUCCUGACAAAACAAGAAACGUCUAUUAUUAUUUAAGCUGUAGUUUUCCUUGUACAGUAUUUUUGUGCAGAUUUCUGAUGAAAUACUACGCGUAUUGCAUUGUAGUAAUAUUUUAAUUUACAAUAUUCUGUACUGACAAAUAAAAGCAAGACAAACAAUUAAAUGAAACUACUAAAUUAAUUUAGGCCCUGUUUACUCAAUUAAUAGCUCUAUGCCUAGGCCGAUGUAGUCUCUACAAGAUUCGCACGCCACCCAGUUUUACAGUUUCAGAAUACCCCGAAUACUUGAAAAUUGCGACUAUACGAUACAAUAAAACAAAGAUUGUGAAGGGGAUAAAAUUUGCAGGCAAGCAUCGCUCCUGAACGACAAGUGUUGGUGUCCGGGCGAAAUAAGCGAAUCCAUAUAUUCCUGUACAGCGUAAACAGGUUACGCGAGGUUUUAUAUUUGUGUUUAUUUUAUAUAUUGAACUAAGUCAGAUCUAUAAGAGCAUAUUUUAACUAAAUAUUAAUUAUAGCAAUAGCCAUAUUGUUCAAGACGAGAGAAAGGAAAUUUCGUGUGAAUCACCACUUGCAUGGAGACGCCUAGAUGCAGCUUGGAUGCAGCUUUGUCUGUCGGGUUGAAAAUCUCCAGAAAUAUCAGUAUAUCUUAGAAAACAUAGACAAGAUCUUCAUAGAUUUCAGCUGAUUCGUGCCAAACUUCGCUCUACACAUAAAUAAUAUCGAUUGAGAAGUCUUUUGGCUAUUUAUUUGUUUCAAAGACUUGUAUAUUUCAUUAAAGAAUAUCUCGCCACUCCUUGACGAGUAGCUGUCAAAUACUGCCAUUUUUUGUCGUAACGUGACUGGCCCAGACCAGGGCUUCCACGUGUCUCGCCUCGUCCUCACACUGAAGCCGGCCCUGGGAACGAGGUUGAGCCCACUCUUAUGCACACAACCUUCAAACAAGACAUAACAAUAAAAAGUUAAAUUUAUUUGCUGGGCUUUAAUAUUUAUCUUUAAAUUGCACUUUCUGCCUGGUAUGUCAAUUGCUACUGUUCUUAAAUCCUUUAUAUUUGAGACAUUUACCCAUUACUUUCAAUGUUUGAAUAGUUUAAAAAUAAAUAAUUACAUCUUAUAUAUUCAGCCCCAUCUCAACUCCUAACUCCCAAAUGAGGUAACGCUUUCCCUUUUUUUUACAUGGAGAAAUAAAUUGAAAAAAUUUGCAUUUUUUUAUUCUUCAACUUGCUUGCUAUUAUAAUUAUGAUAUUUUGCAUAUUUUCUAUCAAUAAAACUAAGCCAUUGAAAUAAACUAAAACACUAUAGAAAUAAUUAACAUGACAAGAGUUAAUUGAAACCAUUUUCCAUUUGCAGAAAACAUGAUUGCAUUUAUAAUUAAAGCCCCACCCCAUCACAAAAAAAACCACAUGUUUUUUUAUCAGAUUUAUUAGUUGGCCUGGAUCAAUUUCACAUUAGUUUACUCCAAUUAUAAUUUCCUACGUUUCAACAUAAUCAAUAAGUGCCUCUAGUAAGUUAAUCCCUCUCCAAUAAGCCCGCCUGAAAUAAAUAAGGCCUUUGGGGGGGGGGGGCUUAAUAGAGGCCUUAUGGUAGAAAGUUUUUAAUUUUCACAAGUAUUGUUAAUUCUAAUCAUGGUUUCUUUUAUAUAUUAGGUGGUCAUUCAAUACCCCAACAGUCCGAACAGAAAAGUUCACCUGAAGGAUACACAUGAAAGACUUGGAAGACAGUUGGCACUAGGGGAUAACACAUCGAUAGCAAAUGCAGUACUUGCAAUACCAGAUCUCAAUGAUGUUAUAUAUCAACUGAUCAGUAAGAAAAUAACAUCAGAAAUAGUUGACCUCUGUUCAAAGACUAACCCAUCAGUGCUAAGAAAGACCUCUCCCAAAGAACCGCUGAAUUUUCACGGGACAAAGUCAAUCAAGAACUUUUAUCAAGAGCUCCAAGAUUUAUUCAACUUUUACAGUCAGCAACAAAAUAGAAAUGUAUUGAAGACCAAAUCAGUACUUCAUGGGCCCAUGUUAAAUGCUGGGUGUCAGCUGAUUGCGAUAUUUAAUGAGGAUAUGAAUGCCACAAGAAAGAUAAUGUCUGUUAUUUUAAAGAAAGGAGGUCUAAAAAAGAUAGCUUUUAAACGAUUGUCACCUUCGUAUGUCUGCAUGGGAUAUGCAGCAACAAACACACUGUUCGAAAGUGCUGGUCAAGGAUUUGAUAACACAUUAAAAGUAUGGAAAGAGCAAGUUGAAGAAAAUGUUAAGCAGGAAAACCACUUACUACACUGUCUUGAGAAUGCAGGUGAAUCUGAAGCUGAUAAGCUAUCAAAAGAAUUGGAGAAUCACAGGAAGACAAUGCACCCUGGUUAUUCCUUUACAGGGGACAAUGUUGAUAUGCGAAUCUUACCAUGCCAGAUGACUCUAAACAACAAGAACAAGGAUUACCACAUGUACCAGCGCUGCUUGCUUUUAAGAAUCGGAUUCCAUCAAAUGACUUUUCAAACAAGCAAUAUUCCAAUGAUGUAAAAAGUUUACCUCUUUCCAUUUUCCUUCCAAGUGCUAAAGAGCAAUCUACUUUAGUUGAUGAAUUGGUUGUUCUGAUUGGUCAUAUAUGGAGUCAGUAUAUCCCUUUACUUGAGUGGUUUCAAGAGUAUCUUCCACCAGUGAUUGUUCAUGCACAGAUGGAUAACACCAAAAGGAAAACCGAGAAGGUAUUUACAGCACAUAUAUAUACUGAUAUUUCACUGGCAUAGGAAGAUAUUUUAAGUUAGGGGAGGGGUGAAUUUUGUGGAGUGCUCCGGUAAAGCUUGGAGGGUCUGGGAGCUGGCUUGAUAUAAUGCAAUUUCACACAUUUUCUGUUACCAUUGAAUUGAACAACAAAAAUAUUGGAAGAUAGGAGGGGGCUUGAACAUGCUAUAUGAAUAGCCAUCACAUGAAGUGUCAAAUCACAGUGGGACUGAACUCAAGAAUACACCCGUCUGGAAAGUAUUCAGCCUUGGCUAUUAGAGCCUCAUUUUCAUGUUUAGAGCUCUUUAUCUUGUUACAGCUGACUACACAUUUACGAACAUAGAAAAUCUUUAUAUAAAUAGGUGGCCAAUAAAGGCUGGUAAGGGAGGGUAUAUGCAUGUAUUUUAUCUAGAUUAGAGCACCAGUCAUGAAAGUUAAGUAUUGUGGCUACUAAAAAAAGAGUUUUCAUGUUUUUAGUGGCUGCACAAAUGGCCCAAUCACCGUGAAGGGCAUAUAUGGCAGGCCACAUUGAUUGGGAUGUGGUUUUCCUGGGAGGGAGAAUCACAUCUCCAUUACCAUCAUGCAAAGUUCCAUUAAUGAUUUAAUUAGUGUUGAAACCUUAAGCCAGUGCAUUAUUUGCUACUACUAUCCCUUGGAAUAUUUAAUAACUUAUUAAUUUUGAACCAUGCUACAAUUGAUCAUUCUUCCAAUGUAAUUAUAUAGGUUCAUCUUGGUGUCCUCAGAAAAAAUGAGCAAUAUGAAGAUGAUAUGUUGGACAUUCUCCAGUGGCUCCAUCCCUAUGUACCAGGACAUGAUGAAGAGAGUAAUUGCAAACCUAUUAAAGUUCUGAGUGGUGGAGACUAUUUAACAUUUGAGCGUCGCAAAGAGACUCAAUCUAGUAUGUACGAUGCUAGAACUCCAUCAUCAAGACUUGAAGGUUUAAUCCCAAAAUUUGAGGAUUUUCACGUCCAGGCUGAAUGGCUUAAG